CUCUCCUCCGCUUCUUCCGCUCGUCAGUUGACUUUCACGACUGAAGACUACCUCGUUGCCAUAUGCGACGCUCGCAUUGUGCCAUCAACGCUGCUACAUGCAGCAUUCGAUUGCAUUUCAUGGCCGGUCCUACCGAGCGCGCACUGUCACAGUGUUUUGAUGGAUCCAGCAUGUAUCCACGCAGAGUCUCAGGUCUCCCAGCCCUGCCCCGCACCCGCGAGUAUCGGCAGAUGAUCAACCUCGGAUUCGGUUGGUCCGCCCGUAGGUGCGAUGAAAUUUUCCGAUGCCGGGAGUAUGUACGUCUGGACAACGGAUGCUCGGACCGUGUUCCUCGACGAGCAGACGGAGGAGAAUAAAUGUCCGGUCCCAAACAAAGCGGUGUUUGUCGUGUUGAACAGUGUUGGACUUGGUUCGAGGCUGGAAGCGCCCGAGGAUGCUCGGCGGAAGAACAUUAAUCGAGCUAAGAUUGCUCCCGCUCGGCCAAGCCAAUUACUUUCAAUUCUCCUCUGUUGCUGUGUUCUUCCGAGAAUACGACUAGCAGUAUGCAGU